GCCGCGUCCUCCAUGCCGUCGUCGCACCACCGUUACCUUGUCCUCCUCCUCCCCUUCGUCGUUGCCGUCACACUCUCCGCCGUCCCGGCACUCGGAGGAGGAGAAGAGGCGGCCUGCGACGCGGCGUCCCCGCAUGAGGAGGAACUCCGGCCGGACCGGCUCACGGUGCUCCUGAGCGGCUACUCGGAGCGGCGGCUCCCGCUCCUCCGCGGCAUCGCCGGCGCGUACGCCGCACACCCGCUCGUCCUCGCCGUCGUCGUGCUCUGGUGCAACCCCUCCACCCCGGACGACCGUCUCCUCCUCCCGCGCUUCCCGCCAGGCGUGUCCCUCCACCGCACCGCCUCGGCGUCUCUCAACUCCCGCUUCCUCCCGCACCCGGCCAUCCGCACCGCCGCCGUGGCCGUCGCCGACGACGACGUCCUCCCCGACGCCGCCGCGAUCUCCUUCGCGUUCGCCGCCUGGCAACAGCGGGCGGGCCGCCCAGGCACCCUCGUCGGCUUCUUUCCGAGGUCCCACCACCUAGACCUCGCCCGCGGGAGGUGGGCGUACGCCGCGCCGCAGCCCGGCCGCUACUCCAUGGUGCUCACCAAGUUCCUCGUCCUCGGCGUGGGCCUCCUCCGGAAGUACUCCUGCUCCCCGGAGCUCGCGGCGGCGCGCGCCGUGGUGGACCGGGAGCGCAACUGCGAGGACAUCCUCAUGAACUUCGUGGCCGCCGAUGCGUCCGGGGAAGGGCCGGUGCUGGUUGAGGCCGGCAGCGUCAGGGACUGGGGCGACCCGAGGAACGACGCCAACGCCGGAGCUGGCGUGGAGGCGAUGAGGGCCGUGGGGCUGAGCUCGAGAGGCGGCGUGGGGCACUGGGAGAAGCGAGGGGAGUGCAUCACCGUGUUCCACCGGCUGCUUGGGAGGAUGCCGCUGCGGUACAGCUACGGGAAGGUGGUGGAGGCGACCGUCGCCGAGCAGGGGCUGUGCAGCAAAGCCGGCCGCCUCGUCCGGUGCGACCAGGAGUAGGCCGCUUUAUUAGCGUCGCAUUUACGUACGUAGUACUCCAAUUGGGGUCGACGACAUUCAGACUGUGCUGAAGCAAAACUUUGUACUCUGACUGAUUGUACCAAUUUGCGCUUUCACAUCUUCUGACAGAGAGCGAAACUCCUUGGUCGAUUUGGAACCAUGAUCUUGGCUAA